GCCGCGUAUUGAUUCUAUAAGAAGCGUCCCAUUUUCAACAGGGCAGUUCGCUCUGAUUUGAAAGCGGUCUUGUAUUUUAACAGAUUUUUUUUAAAGGUAUUUUGCUUUAAUUAGCAUUUUUUUUUUUAAAUAUACAUUUUGUAUUUUAGAUAUAUUUAUUCAAUCAAUCCUGAAAUGCCGGCCAAGACAGCCUUCGCUAUCCCAGAAGACGUCAGGAAGAGACUUCAAGCUUUGGAUAAAGAUAGCGAUGGUCUAGCAGAAAAGGACUGUGUGAAAGAGAAGCUGGGUUUGGUGCAUGGCUUUUUAAAAGCAGAUGCCCAGAAUCUGCUCAGCGAUCUGGAGACCAAGCUACAGAAGAAGGAGCUUUCAGAGGAGGAGUAUUUAUCUCAAGUGAAGACGCUGCUCAGCGAGGAGCUGGCGUCCGAGAAUGGCAGCUCGGUGCUCAACGGAAAGGCGAAUGGCUGCUCUGAGAACGGGGCUGUCGUCAGCGAUGAGGACUGUGCCGGGGCGAAUGGACAGGAGGACGUGAUGGACACCCAGGAGGAGGGAGUCAAGUCUCUCAGCGCUGCCAAGCCUCAUGGGGGCAGGAGGAGCAAAACGGGAGGGGAUGGGAAAAAGUCUCCAGCUAGCUCAAGGGUCACGAGAAAUUCUGGCAAACAGCUGUCAAUCUUAUCAAUGUUUUCUAAAGUCUCACAGAAGCGCAAAUCUGAAGAGGUGAAUGGAGAAAGUGAACCAGCCAAGGAAGAGGAUGAAGUCUCGGCAAACGCUGAAGAAAAGGCACAAGAUGAAAAGAGGUUGAAAGUCGAACCUGCCCAAAAAUCAGACACUGAGGCAGCCUCUACACAGACGCCAAAAGCCGAACUGCCAGCUAAGACCCCGCCUCCUAAAUGCCCAGACUGCCGGCAGUACCUGGAUGACACAGACCUCCGGUUUUUCCAGGGUGAUCCGGAUAACGCUCUGGAUGAGCCGGAGAUGUUGACCAAUGAGAGGCUGUCUCUCUUCGAUGCAAACGAAGAUGGGUUUGAGAGCUACGACGACCUGCCUCAACACAAAAUCACAAACUUCAGCAUCUAUGACAAGAAAGGCCACCUCUGCCCUUUUGACUCUGGGCUGAUUGAGAAGAAUGUGGAGCUGUACUUCAGCUGUGUGGUGAAACCAAUCUAUGAUGACAACCCUUGUAUGGACGGUGGCGUUCCUGCUAAAAAGCUUGGGCCCAUCAAUGCCUGGUGGAUCACUGGGUUUGACGGCGGAGAAAAGGCUUUGAUUGGCUUCACUACAGCUUUCGCUGACUACAUCCUGAUGGACCCUAGCGAGGAGUAUGCUCCCAUCUUCGCUCUGAUGCAGGAGAAGAUCUAUAUGAGUAAGAUUGUCGUGCAGUUCCUGCAGAAGAACCCAGAGGUCACCUAUGAGGACUUGCUCAACAAAAUUGAGACCACGGUGCCCCCUGCUGGCUUGAACUUCAACAAGUUCACAGAGGACACCCUGCUGCGCCACGCCCAGUUCGUGGUUGAGCAGGUGGAGAGCUACGAUGAGGCCGGCGACUCGGACGAGCAGCCAAUCAUUGUGACUCCCUGCAUGAGGGACCUGAUCAAACUGGCUGGGGUGACCCUGGGAAAGAGGCGGGCUACUCGAAGGCAAGCCAUCCGGCACCCGACCAAGAUCGACAAGGACAAGGGACCCACCAAAGCCACCACCACCAAGCUGGUGUCCCAGAUCUUUGAUACUUUCUUCUCCGACCAAAUCGAUCAGGAAGACAAGGAGAACGUCCUGAAGCGAAGACGCUGUGGUGUGUGCGAGGUGUGCCAGGCCCCUGAUUGUGGGAAAUGCAAUGCCUGCAAGGAUAUGAUCAAAUUCGGAGGCAGUGGACGCCUCAAACAGGCGUGCCAGAAGAGAAGGUGCCCGAACUUGGCCGUGAAGGAGGCAGAGGAGGAUGAGACUGUAGAAGAGGAGGAUCUGCUCCCUAUUAAGACCACUCCAAAGAAGAUGGUUCAAGUCAAGAAGAAGAAGAAACAGAGCAGGGGCAAGAUGUCGUGGGUGGGAGAGCCAGUCAAGACUGAGGGUAAGAAGGAUUACUACAUGCAGGUCCGUGUUGAUGAUGAGGUCUUGGAGGUUGGCGACUGCGUCUCGGUUGGUUCUCAUGACCCUUCAGAGCCCAUCUUCCUGGCAAGGAUUACUUCCCUAUGGGACGAUGGCACUGAGAAGAUGUUCCAUGCUCACUGGUUCUGCCGAGGGACGGACACUGUCCUGGGGGAGUCCUCUGACCCUCUGGAGCUGUUCCUGGUGGACGAGUGUGAGGACAUGCAGCUGGCCUACGUCCAGGGCAAAGUCAGAGUCUCCUACAAAGGGCCUUCGGAGAACUGGUUUAUGGAGGGAGGCUUGAUCGAUGACAAAGCAGUCGAAGAUGAUGAUGGGAAGAGCUACUUCUAUCAGUUCUGGUACGAGUCUGACCAUGCCCGGUUUGAGACCCCUCCAACAGUCACCCAGUCGGAGGACUGCAAGUUCACGUUUUGUGCCAGCUGCACUCGCCAAGCUGAGAUCGAGGAGCGGGACACCCCCAGAGUCUUUGAUCCCCUGGAUGAAAACAGCUCUAACAAAACCUUGUACGCACUGGCGUGCCUGAGCGGGGAGCAGUACAGAGUCGGGGAUGGCGUGUACUUCCUGCCAGAAGCCUUUUCGUUCAGUGUGAAGUCUGGCAGUCCAGUGAAGCGACCCCAGAGGAAGGAGGAUGUGGAUGAGGAGCUGUACCCGGAGUAUUACAGGAAGUCCUCAGACUACAUCAAGGGCAGCAACCUGGACGCUCCCGAGCCGUUCCGCGUGGGCCGCAUCAAGGAGAUCUUCUGUACCAAGCGCAGCAAUGGCAAAGCCAACGAGGCGGACAUCAAACUGCGCAUUUACAAGUACUACAGGCCUGAGAACACUCACAAGGGAGCCAAGGCGAGCUACCACACUGACAUUAACAUGCUGUACUGGAGCGAUGAGGAGGCCACUGUGGACUUCAAGGAUGUUCAGGGCCGCUGCACUGUGGAGUACGCGGAGGAUCUCAUCCAGCCUGUCCAGGAGUACUCUAAUGGGGGACCGGACAGGUUUUACUUCCUUGAGGCAUACAAUCCCAAGACUAAGAGCUUUGAAGAUCCUCCCAACCAUGCUCGUAAUGCUUUUAACAAAGGCAAGGGGAAAGGGAAAGGCAAGGGAAAAGGUAAAGGGAAGUCUUCUGCACCAACGGAGCAGGAGUGUCGGGAGUUGAAGCCGCCCAAGCUGCGCACCCUGGACGUGUUCUCUGGCUGUGGGGGGCUGUCGGAGGGCUUUCAUCAAGCAGGUAUUUCUGAGACUAACUGGGCGAUUGAGAUGUGGGAGCCUGCAGCCCAAGCAUUCCGUCUCAACAACCCAGGCACCACAGUGUUCACGGAGGACUGCAACACCUUGCUGAAGCUGGUCAUGUCUGGAGAGGAGACAAACUCGCUGGGGCAGAGGCUGCCUCAGAAGGGGGACGUGGAGAUGCUGUGCGGGGGCCCUCCGUGCCAAGGCUUCAGCGGCAUGAACAGAUUCAACUCCCGAACCUAUUCCAAGUUUAAGAACUCCCUGGUGGUGUCUUAUCUUAGUUACUGUGACUACUACAGGCCCAAAUUCUUCCUGCUGGAAAACGUGAGGAACUUCGUCUCCUUCAAGCGCUCCAUGGUGCUGAAGCUCACCCUGCGCUGUCUGGUGCAAAUGGGCUACCAGUGUACCUUCGGGGUGCUGCAGGCUGGUCAGUACGGAGUUGCUCAGACCCGUAGGAGAGCGAUCAUCCUGGCUGCAGCCCCAGGAGAGACACUGCCCCGAUACCCUGAGCCCCUGCAUGUGUUUGCACCCCGCGCCUGCUCCCUCAGCGUGGUUGUGGGAGAGAAGAGAUACGUCAGCAAUGUCACCAGGGUGAACUGCGGCCCGUACAGGACCAUCACGGUGCGGGACACCAUGUCGGACCUCCCCGAGAUCCGGAACGGUGCCUCUGCGCUGGAGAUCUCCUACAACGGAGAGCCUCAGUCCUGGUUUCAGAGGCAGAUCCGAGGAUCGCAGUACCAGCCCAUCCUGCGGGAGCACAUCUGCAAGGACAUGAGCGCUCUGGUAGCGGCGCGAAUGAGACACAUCCCUCUGGCUCCGGGUUCUGAUUGGCGUGACCUGCCCAACAUUGAGGUCCGCCUGUCUGACGGCACCAUGACCAAGAAACUGCGCUACACCCACCCAGACAAAAAGAACGGCCGCAGCAGCACCGGAGCGCUCCGAGGGGUCUGCACCUGCGCAGGAGGUAAGCCAUGUGACCCAGCAGACCGGCAGUUUAAUACCCUGAUCCCCUGGUGCCUGCCCCACACUGGGAACAGACACAACCACUGGGCCGGUCUGUAUGGAAGACUGGAAUGGGACGGAUUCUUCAGCACAACAGUGACUAACCCUGAGCCUAUGGGCAAGCAGGGUCGUGUGCUUCACCCUGAGCAGCACAGAGUGGUCAGUGUGCGAGAGUGCUCUCGGUCGCAGGGAUUCCCAGACACUUACAGGUUCUUCGGGAAUGUCCUGGACAAGCACAGACAGGUCGGCAAUGCAGUACCGCCUCCUCUCUCGAAAGCCAUUGGGCUGGAGAUCAAAAAGUGCAUGAUCAAGAAGAUGAAAGAGAACCCCACAGAGGAUGUGAAACAGAAGUUGGAGACGACAGACUGAUUUCUAUUUUGGUGACCUGUUUUCCAAAUCCUGCCUCCCUCCUCCCUCCUGAGGGACUCCCAGUAACAGCACUAAAAGCCCUCUGAUGUAGUGAAACCAACUUCAUGCCCCAGUGCAGCGUCUCAUGCUGGCUGACAUUGACAUGGAUGUAGUAAAGUGGUUGAGCCAUUUUGUAAUACCUGUUUUUUUUUUUUGUUCAGAGCCAUGCCAUUGUAACUCUUUUUAAAUGUUUUAAUUGUGUUUUGGAAGCCAAUCCCAUUUUAUGCAAGUGGAAACAAUUGUAUGUAGUUUUUUUUUUUAUAUGUUGUAAUAUUUCAAAUAAAGCUCUUAUUAAAUGGAA